AGACUUUUAUUUGAAAUGUCUUCUAAUCUAUUCUGUUUGGGAAAUAUUUUACAUUGGAAGAUCAUUCAUGCUUUCUGUCUUAAAUCAUGUCCGUAGGCAACAAGACAUUCGAGCAACGGAGAUUGAUAAAGUAGAUAUGCAUUUGUCAUUUCGUCCUGGUGACAUUGUCAAAGCUCUUGUUCUUUCUCUUGGAGAUGCAAGGGCCUAUCAUCUAUCAACUGCAAAAAACGAACUCGACGUCGUCUCUGCCGAAAGUACAGCAGGUUCAGUGAUGGUACCCAUAAGUUGGACAGAAAUGCAGUGUCCAUUAACAGCCCAAAUUCAGCAAAGAAAAGUUGCCAAAGUUGGAGGAUGAUGUCUAGGGACAAAGCUAUUCCUUUUUCUUGUAGUUUUUCAUUUAUAAUAUCGGGUAUCGAAUAUAGAAAAUCCGCACGCUUCGUUAUGGUAAUUGUAUAGUUCGGGCAGGGUCCUUAAUUUUGAGACGGGAUGAAAAAAUUUAGUGCCAACUUAUUGCUAAUUUGAAUUAGGCAAGAUAUUCGUAAUCAGUUAAUAUUUGGAGAAUAUAUCUUA